AACGCAAGACACCGGCGCGUGAAACGACUCAACUGAGAACACCAACAGGCCACCGCGAUCCAGCAUGGCAGCGAAAGAAACGCUGAAUUUUCUGACGGCGAAUGUCCGAGUAGAGGAGGUGAUCACGAGCGAUUACGACUGCCUCGUCAUAGUCGGAACUUCUCUAUCACCGAAGUCUCUGGGUAAAGCCGAAGCUUUCGCAGCCAGUCUCGAAGCCGCCAAGAAAAAUGACAAGUCUUUCGACGAGCAACGCACAGUGAUCACAGUGAACGACACCAGAGUCGUAUACUCGCCCACCGGACCCAUCAACCGAGAUCAGGACGAUAUCCGAGCGUUCUCGAGCGCAGCGAUCAGCGGUGUGAAAAGAGCGCUCUCCGCCGGAGCCAAGAAGCCCCUCGUCGCCCUACCGAAAGCGUUCGAACCCUUCACGGACUUCAACGUUGAUGCCGCUGUCGUACUGGGUGCUCUGGAAGCUAUCUAUGUGCCUUUGGAAAUCCGCGAGGACGUUCCGGACAAGAAAAGGAAAGUCGACCGGCUCGGUUUCGUCAACUUCCACGGCGACGGAAAACGGUUCCAAUAUCUCCUCAACUUGGAGUCGGGACGCAUCGCUUGCCGGGACAUCGGCGGUUCCGAUCCCGAGCGCAUGGCUCCUCCAAGAGUCGAAGAGUACGUUCAGGAACUUUUCGCCAAUUCCCCCGUGAGUGUGAAAGUCGUCUCCAACCGAGAACAGCUCGAGGCAAAUUACCCAUGCUUCGCUGCCGUGGACAGGUGCGCGAGCCACGUGAAGCGACACAGCGCCCGAAUGAUUCUACUCGAGUACUCCGAAGGUACUCCCGAGCAAUGCCUCGCAUUCGUUGGCAAGGGGGUCACUUACGACACCGGAGGCGCCGACAUCAAGGCCGGAGGCCACAUGGCCGGAAUGCACAGGGACAAAUGCGGGUCUGCCGCCGUCGCCGGAAUCUUCCAAACCCUUGCGGUGACGAAGCCGAAAAACAUCAAAGUUAUCGGCGCAAUGUGCAUGGUCAGGAACUCCGUGGGUUCUGACGCGUACGUUUCCGACGAACUCAUCACGUCGAGAGCCGGUGUUCGAAUCCGGGUCGGGAACACCGAUGCCGAGGGUCGCAUGGCGAUGGUCGACGCCUUGGCCGAGAUGAAGGAACGAAUCGUCACCGAAGGACUCCAGGAAAAAGCGCAUUUGUUCACUAUCGCAACGCUGACGGGUCACGCCUGCAUCGCCGUCGGGGAGCCUUUCAGUAUCACGCUAGACAACGGACCUGCCCGGAGCGUUCAAGCAUCCCAGAAGCUCCAAGCUGCCGGCGACCAGAUCGGUGAUCUCUUCGAGAUUUCCACGCUGCGUAAGGAGGACUACGAUUUCAUCGUCGGUAAAUCCGAGUACGAAGACAUCCUCCAAUGCAACAACGCUGCCUCCUCAUGCACGCCCCGCGGGCAUCAGUUCCCUGCCGCGUUCCUCAUCCGAGUCAGUGGGCUCGACAAGCACGGCAAAGACAGCUCUAAACCUCUGGCCUACUCUCAUUUGGACAUCGCCGCGUCGUCUGGGCCUUAUCCUGGCGUUCCAUCCGGCGCGCCGGUGGCGGCUCUCGCUCAGAAAUACAUCCUGCCACGCAUCUGAAUAGGCGGAUUCUCGAACUCUCCGGCUGAAUAGUCGGAGGUUGAUAUCUGCAUCCAGGUCCGAGUCCCGCUGAGCCUCUGGAGCCCGAAAGACAAUUUGAAGAACAGAGAAUCUUCCGCGGACUCUCCAGUCGAGGAAUUCUCCCAGUCUCGACGGGCUCUCGCUGAUCUCGCCGCAGAUGAUGAGGGAUGUCGACGAUGUGUUUGCUUCUCUAUGAUUUAUUCGAACAGAUGCUACUGUUUCAUAUCUCGGAGAAACUUCAGCAAGUGAGCUCUGUUCAGAAGUCGAAUCGACGCAUCCGAAUAAAGACGAUAAUAUAUUUUCA